AUGGGCCACGAAAGGGUGGUGCAGAUGCUGCUAGAUCGAGGUGCCGACAUCAACGCCCAAGACGGGGAAUAUAAUGCCCUCCAUGACGCAUGUUUGAAGGGCCACGAAAGGGUGGUGCAGAUGCUGCUAGAUCGAGGUGCCAACGUCAAUACCCAAGGUGGACGUUUCGGCAAUGCCCUCCAAGCCGCGUGUUCGAACGGCCACGAAAUGGUGGUGCAGAUGCUACUAGAGCGAGGCGCUGAUGUUACCACUCUACGUGAAGAACUCACGUCCCAGCAGUUUAUAUUGAACCGUUAG